AUGUUGAUGGUGCAGAUUUUUGGCAGUCGCGAGGAGAUGAUCAGAAAGUUGCGGGAACUGAUGGCUGAGCAUGCGGAGCUGCAAAAGAGGAACAGGCUGCUCGAGCUGCGGAUCAGCCGGGACAUGAAAAAGGAGAAAGUGACACCUACGUAUGCGACAAAAGACCCGGAGCAAAUGGAGCAGAUUUAUAGACAAACACUGUUCGCGUAUAAGCUGCGGCGCGACGACGUGACGGAGCGGAAGGAGCGCGCCCGCGUCGACACGCGCAGUCACGAGGACAAAGUGCGGGCGAUGGACAACGAGAGCGCGCGAACGUUCGGCGAACUGCUGGACCGCGAGAAGGAAGUGGCGACGGGUCUCGUUUACGCGAAGACCGGACGAAAGCUCACGGAGAAGGCUGUCGACGAGAUAACCCGUCGGCAGGCAUCGCGACGCGAGGCUCUCGCCCGCGAUCGUUACCAGUACGCGGUGCUGCAGCAGCGUCUCGAGGAGAUAAAUACGCAGCUGAGAAGUCUGGAAACGCUCGGCGAGGGAAUGACCACUAUGGAUUACGAGGCUCUGCAUAUAGCUCAUCUGAGCUACAAGGAUAAGUUGGAGGAACGCGAGAGAGAAGUGGAGAAAUUGCGCCAAAGAAUCGCUGAGGUGGUUAACGAAAUCGCCCACCACAAGGAGAAAGGGACGUGCCUCGCGGAGAACGUCGAGCGCGAGGAACGCGAAUUGGACGAGCAUCAUGAGCGGACGGUCAGGGUUCGAGAGGACGUCAACGAGCUCCAUUUAAUUCUGAGAGAUUUACGACUGGCCUACGACGAGAAGCGGCGCGACGCCGGGCUGCUGAUGGCUCAGCCGGUGCUGCACGAGAUGGAGAGAACGAUGAAGUCGAUGGACGCCCUGAAGAGCGACAUUGAGACGAUCAAGCGAAAGAUUCAACGCCACGGCUCUGCGUACCGCGGGAAAGGGGAGAGGAGCGAGGAGGAGGCAGCGUCGGUAAUGCCAGCGUAG